CCUCCAUUCUCCAUUAUCGAUGGCGUGGUUGGUUGUGACGUGGUGAUUAGUGGAAAAUUUUUUUUCAAAUCCCGAGCAGUAGUUUCGACGUAUGGUUUUCCAUUUCUGAAUUUAUCUGGGUUAGUGUUAGAACAAUAAGGCUCCUGACUUUCCACGGGACGAAAAACAAAAAUUAUAGUGAUAAAGAUUGACACAAGACACAGAAAACAUCAGAUAAACAGUGUCUAAAGUUUUAAAACAGAACAAUAGUUGAAAAAAAAACAUACCUAUCAAUUAUAUCAAAUACCACAAUGUGUCAGAAGAAUACGUUGCAACUACUUCGAAAUAUUUGGCUACAGCGGGUGAAAAGUGGACAAGGUUUUGAUCAAAAGAUCUAUCAAAAGGUCAAAAUUGUAGCUGGAGGUGAAGGAACAUGUGAAGUAGAAUUUCAAGUUGAAGAUGAACAUACAAAUCCAGCGGGCCUGCUUCAUGGGGGCUUUUCAGCUUGUCUUGUUGAUUCUGUUUCCACAUUGGCUCUUCUAACCCAUCCAAGACAAGUCCCUGGUGUGUCUGUCAACCUCAACAUGACGUAUUUGAAUGCAGCCAAAAUCGGUGAUCACAUCCUAGUAAAGGCGGCCACCGAUAAAGUGGGAAAGAAUUUGGCCUUUUUAAACGUGCAGAUUAUCAACAAACAAAGCGGUGCUAUUCUUGCUCAAGGAAGUCAUACCAAGUACAUCGUUUGAACAAUGCGUAUAUUCAUCAGCAACAAUUAUUACGUAGACAUUGCUGGGGCUUGUAUAUCGAUUCGCGGAUUGCGCCCCAAUUUUAAUGUGUUGCAAACAUUGAAAAGAAACAAGAAUAAUAGACGUGCAUCACAUAUA